GAAAAUUGUAUGCUACAACACCAAAAAAAUAAUUUCUAACAUACGUUUUUCCUUAAUAACUCUAAGGGUCUAAAACUGUAAGAACAGUCCUUUAUAGCUAUACUAUUAAUCCGUCUUCUGCGGUUAUUUCCAGCCGAUUGCUUGAGAAGACAGGACAAGCCUUGAUCAUUUCAAUUGCUCUAAAUGCAAAAAUAAUUAUCUUUAUACUACUUAUUUGUCGAAUUCAAAAAAUUUCACUGAGUUUUUAAUGAACUUCCCAACAAUUAAUAUCACAACACGAGAAACGGUGAUAACAAAAAGUCAAUAUGUAUAAGCGCAAAAUGUUUCCAAGGCAGCGCAUAUAUUACACAAAAGCGCUCAACCCUAAAUUCGGCAGCCAGUCCCUACAUUUGCGAAUUGUGUGUAAAAUAAAAAUCGAGUGUAUUAUCAGGAUUGGAUAUAAAAGCUAUUUCCGACACUCAGUUGUCAGAGGUAAAUUGAAGAUCACACUAGGGUUCGGUGGCAAUUUCAUACAAAUUAUUUGGACACUUAUUUUAAAGUUCAUCUUAAGAAAAAAUACUAUUCGGAAACAAAACACUCCUAAAAAGAAAAUGAAGCGUCGUUAUCAUCUGAAAUCGGAAGUUAAGUACGAGUAUAGCACAUCGUUUACGGCAACAAUCAAUCAAUCUAGAACUGUGCGCCAACGAUUUCCAUACGGCAUUCGCACAAACAGACUUACUUGGCCACAUCGAGCGAGUAAGGCAAUCGAGUAUCAAGAAGAAGAACAACCUCAAACGCAACCUCAGACGCGUUCAAUUAUUACAGAAACAACAAAGCUACCUGAAACCGAUAUCAACGAAAAAAUGGCUGAAGUUGAAGUAGAGCAAAUAGUUGAAGUCACAGAUGAAGUGAGCCAGGAUAAGGAAGAGGACGAAGUCGAGGACCAACCACGAAGGAUGCUCUUCCCGACGGGGCUAGACAAAGACUCCAUUCGUGAGGCUUACGAAGAUGUGCGCUCUGACCAAACAGAUACCGAUUGGGCUGUUUUCAAGUUCCAAAGCUGCACCAUAACUUGCACAGCACGCGGUCAAGGCUUCGAAGAAUUCCGCGAGCAGUUCGGCGAAAACGACCGCGCAUUCGGUUACAUCCGCAUACAAAUGGGCGAUGAGAUGUCCAAGCGGCAAAAGUUUGUCUUCCUGACGUGGAUCGGCCAAUAUGUCGGCGUAUUACCGCGUGCCAAAAUGUCUACGGACAAGGCGCUCAUACGUGAGGUGCUGAGUAAUUUCGCCGUGGAGUUAUAUGCGGGCGUUGACGACGAACUGGACAUUGAACUUUUCCGUGGUGCCUUGGAACGCGCGGGUGGCGCCAACUACGGCACUGGUGUUUAAAAUGAGACGUGACGACGCAUCAAUGAGUCCCUGAUUAGUCAUUAAGUUUAUUGAUUACAACUUAUAUAUACAUACAUACAUUAAUAUGCAUAUUUAAGACAUUUGGAAAGACGUUUAUGUAUUGUCCAACGCAUUCUUAUGUAUUUUGUGAAAUUAUUACAUACAUACACAUGUAUACUUACUAUAAAACAAAUACAAAUACAUAGCAAUUUUGUAAAGUCCAAUGAACAGUUUUAACCAAAAUCCAUAUUGAAAAAAUCAUAAAUACAUGCGUAUAUGAUUAUAUUUGUAAAAAAAUGCAAAUAAAAAUUACAACAAAAAA